AUGGCACUAUCCUACGAUGAACUGUUUUGUAUAUUCUCUCGAUUACCUGCAAAAGCUAUUUACAAAUUCAGUUGCGUUGACAAGUUUUUUUCAAAACUUCCAAAAGAUGCCUAUUUUGCAUUGAGACAAGCACAAAAUGCAUUGCGAAGGAAUGAUACAUGUUUUUUCAUUCAACCUGAUAUUCCUAUUAAGACCUUGGUAUAUUGCAGUCUGCAAGUUGAAUUACACCAAUUACCUGGCGAGGAACUAUCAUCUGGAGUCUCUAAAAAUGUUUUGAGAUAUUUUUGUAAUUCUUCUGUCAAGAUCUUGGGUUCAAACAAUGGUUUGCUUCUUUGUUGUGUUUCACAUGAGGAGCAACUGAAGCUUUUCAUUAGAAAUCCAGCAACACAGUCUCACUUGCUAAUUCCUACUCCUAUGCAUAUGCAAAAUCCCUGUGAUAUUUAUGAUCACAGGAUUGGAUUUCAUUCUGACCUAAUGGAAGGGAAAUUUUUCAGUGGCAGUAGGAGUCUGAGAUUUGACAUGCCUGUACAUCAUAGAGGAGCAGUUCACUUUAUCUCAGAUUGUUCUCCUUACUUAAUAAAAAGUAGCCCUUAUUUCAUACCAUACAUUAUGUCUUACAAUUUUGAUAAUGGGACAUCAAGAAUGAUGAGGGUACCUAAAGAAGCAAGAAAGGGCUCUCAUGACCCCAGUUGUGACAUGAGAAUUUUCAAAUGGGGCAAUGUUAGUUACUCAAGUCAGGAUGAGUCAAUUUGUGUGGUGAGAUUGAGAAAACAAGUGUUUACAGUGUGGGCUUUGAGACAACAUGAAUCAAGUUUGUGGAAGAAGGUUUUGAAAAUAAGAAUAAAGGCAAUGGGGAUAGAGGCCAAAGAUCCUUCUCAAAUAAUAGUCAAAGAUUUCAGUUAA